AUAAAAUGAUUAGAAGGGACCUAGAGCUUGCUAUUUCUGGGUUUAGGAACAUUAGAGCAUUCCUAGAAAAAAAGUUUCCAGAAGAGGAAUUGCUAAGCACAAUUCUAGCUACUGGAUCUAGAAGCACCACAGUAAGUGGCUUUGUCAUUUUUGCAGUAUCAAUUUAAUGCACACUUUGGUAAUCUACUGUCUUCCAUUACUUUCCAGCAGGUUGAUACUAAAGACAAUGAAAAUGUCUCAUUGCAAUAUGAUAAUGUAGAACGAUCCAGUUAUGAGAAAUCACCUUCACCAUACAAUGAACAGAUUUAUACUAGAGAUUAUAAUAUUGCCAAGGUGGGUUGCUCUGAUCAUUCAGUACCAAAUGACAACAUAGCUUUCAGGGAAUCACAAGUUACAAGGUCUAGUGACUUGAACCAGGAACUCAACAAUGGAUCACUAUCUCCAGAUAAAGAAAUGUCUGAUAAGGAAACUCAAAGCAAGCAACAACAACAAAGCAAAUUGCAACAGAAUAAACAGAAGACUGUCUUGUUGUACUCAACAAGGAAAAGAAAACUAGGCCAAGUUGUUGCUGUUGGUAAUCUUAUAUCUAGAGAUACUACUCAUGAAAUUGGAGGAACUGUACUUGGGGAUGGAUAUUAUGCUGUUGCGGUUCAUUAUCUUAACAAUGUUGAAGAUGAAAGAUUACCUCGACCACACGGAGAUCUUAAAACUUUGGAGGAUGCUGUGGGCAUGUGUGUUGCUUGGCCUCGCACACAUCUUAAAAGAGUGAAGCCAACUACUGAGAAGCGCACUUGAAUGGUUAGAAGACUGAAGAUGCAACUAAUGAAUGAGCAAGUGUUAUAGUGGAGAGUAGUUCUAGGAUCAAAAGUUCUAGUUGUCAAUCUACUUGUUUAAUUGUGUUAGGAACCUCAUUUUAUUCAUUCUUGUAUGUCUAAUCUACCUCAAGACCACUUCGUUUGGAUUGAAAAUACUUAUGUAUUGUUGCUUACACAUGAAGCAUUUAAUUGAUCUGUUAUAUAUAUGAACCUUGUGUCUUGUA